CUCAAGGUAUCUGACUCAAAAUGUAGAAUUCGGAUCUUUUAGUUCCAGUAUCAAUACAACUAGUUGAUGGACCCAGGAUUAAAAAGGUUCUUGAUAAAAAAUUCGAAUCAAACACUGAAUUAUCGGCAAUCGAACAAUAAUUACGACAACUUCUUAAUCUGGAGUAAAAUUCUAAUUUACAAGUAGGCCUUAAAAUGGAAUACAAUUUACAAUUGGUGGAUAAAGAAAUCCCCAUCACAUAAAAUUGAGUUAAAUUGUAACUAGUUAAGUUCUAUAUAUUAGUCGUCUUAAAUGAAACAGACAAAAGAAAUAUUAAUCUCAAUUAAAGUCUAGUAUUGAUUUGGCUUCGGCGACAGCAGAAAAAUAACAAUGG